UGUAUCCUAUUUUGUAUCAUCAUGUCCUUUUGCGAGAGAAUUUUUUUUGGAAGAUUCUUUUGUAAGAAAUGCUCUGACUUGUUAUACAUUAUUUUUUUAAUGUAAAAAAAUGUAUUCCUUAAUCAGAAGAAAGGAAAAGGGUAAUCUUAAGAUUGUCAAGACAACAAUAUUAAAACAAAAACAGUCUCGCUUCUAUUUGCCAAAUCAGAUAGUUUUACUAGAAUGUCAAAAUGAUGACUUGCAUUUUUUAACUGACAUUAUGUCCAACGUAAAUAGUGGUAUUCCUAAGCUUUGCUUAAAAAAAGUAGAUGGAAUUUACAUUAAUAAAGCAUGGACAACUUUGCAGUCUAAUUCUGUAGGGAAUGGCAUUGCUUUGGAAAAUUCCAAAGACGAUUCCAGAUCUUCAAGUUGUACAAAUUCCUUAUGUGACUAUCAGGAAUGGUCUCAUCUGCCAAGUGAAACAGAUACCACAAGCAAUGAUACUGCAGGUUACAGUGUUGGUUCUUAUUCACUUAGUGAUUCAAAGAUCAGAAAAACGUAUUCAAAUACGGACGAUGAAGGAUUUGCUGGAGAAAUUGAAAGUACAAGUUCGAGUCCACUUGUUUCUGAAGAUGUUUUGGACAGAAGAAGCAUGAAUGAGUUCGUAGAAGAAUUCAAUGACAGCUUUAAUAUUUCUGGUAGUAUGACACAUUCAUCCCCUAACAAAAAACGUGUAGAAUUUGUUGAAAGUACAAUAGAUCCACGUAAACAGAUGAUGUCAGAAGUUGAUCCCGUUCUGGCAAAAGGAUUUAAUGAUUCGAUAAAACUCAAUAAUCAUUUUUCGAGAGAUCUACCUAAUUCAUUUCUAACUGCUACAUCUAUUACACAAAAAAUUCCAGAACAAGAAAUACAAGAAUCGACAUUACCAAACGUUAAUUCGACGUACACCUUAGAUUUUCCAGAAUUGGACUUACCAGAACAAUUGUCAUUUGGCGUGUUACAAAGUUCAUUGUUAGACAUGUCUUCUUCAGUCAAUUUAAAUGGGAAAGAUUUACUGGAGAAAGUUUUCGCUGCCAAAGAAGACGGUGCAAUUAUUGGUAGCAAAGCCAAUAGUUCAUCUCAUCCUAUUAACAAUGAAGUUAGUUUUAACAUGGAUAUAAAUGCGAUGGAAAUUAUGCAUGCUGAUACGUCUGUAUUAAUAGACCGAAGGGAAAUCCAAGUAGAUUUAAAUAAUAGCGUAACCUCGAAUACUUACACUAAUGAAAACAGAAUGGACAUCUUAAAUGGCCUAGAAGAUGGCCAAUUUCAAGAUACACAAGAGUAUAAUUCUAAUCAUAGUCACGAUAGCAAUUUGGAAUUAAUGAAUGGUGAAAAAGAUUCAGGUAUUGAUAUUGCAAACGUACCAAAAUCAUCCGUUCCUGAUUCUAAUGAAGAUGUGGAAGCAGUUGCUGUUAAUCAAAAUGUUAAUUCGGAUGAAUCUGAUCAAGUUUCUGUUGAAGAUCAAAUUAAAGAUAUCUGUACAAAUACGAAAGAUCUUGACGAAUACGCAGAAGAAGUUGAAAACAUAAUUAGAAAAAUGUUAAAAGAUAAAAUAGUAAACGUUAAGGGACAUAAAGGACCUUCUCUGGAAGAUAGAUAUUUAACUACUGAAGGUGAAAAGCCACAUUGCUGCCCCUUUUGUGUAAAAAUAAAAUACGGUAAAAUGCCUAGACAUAUACGAACGACGCAUAAAACGGAAGACAUUGUUUGUAAAAUUCUUCAACUUCCUAAAGAACUACAGAUUUCUAAAUUUCGAGCUUUAGUAAAAUUAGGAGACUAUAUAUUCAACACUACGCAAAAAGGUGCCGGGAAGCAAUUGCUGGUUGCAAGGCGACCUAAUAAACCUGCUGAUCAAGCGAAUGAACAAGAUCCUAAUAAAUCUCCUAGAGUCCUAAAAUUGGCUGAAAAUUAUGUUCCAUGUGACAACUGUCUGGUUUACGUUAGUAAAACUAAUUUCAGACAUCAUAGAAGUGCGUGCACGAAAGUAAAGUUUAUAGGAACUAAAGGAGCUUUGCAACAAAGUCGCUUAGUCAAUCCGGAUAUACACGAGUUAGCGAACAAUGUUCUACGAAAAAAAAUUAUACCUAUAAUGCGCGACGACGAUGAAGUUAAAUUACUGAAACACGAUGAAUUAAUUAUAUUAUAUGGUAAUGAAAUGACAGAACUGUUGACAGAAGUUCAAAAUGAAGAUCAAAUUCGACGGCAUUUGAGAUUAUUAGGACGGUUUUAUUUGAAAUUACUUUCCUUAAAUAAAGAUAGUGAGAAAAAACCUUUAGAUUUUUUUAUUGACGGCACUAAAAUAGACUUAAGUAAGGAUGCGAUUAAAUUUAUUGCAGAAUUUGAUCACGAUACAGUAAAAGUGAAAAACCCAGCUGUAGCUAUUGAACUUGGAACUUUACUAAAGAAAGUCGCAGAUUUCUAUAUAGAUCUAUGUUAUGCAAGAAACUUAAAGAGUGAAAGAGAACAAGCAGAAUCAUAUCUUCGCUUAGUGUCUCGUUUUAUAAAAACAUUAAACAAACAAUCUAAACUUGCAAAACUGCAAAAGACUAGAAGAAAAAAAGAAAUCAUCCCAACUGCUGAUGACAUCGAAAAGCUAACUGAUUAUGUAGAAGGAGUUCGACAAAAAGCAUAUGAAGCAUUGAAAAAAGAAUUUACUGUGGAUAUGUAUAAUUUGCUUUGCCAAACAGUUGUUGUUCUCUUACAAUUAUUUAAUAGGAAACGACAAGGGGAGUUGUCUCGGUUACUAAUUGAGGAUAUAAGUGAAGAAUGGAUAACCAGAAUAACUGAAGACGAAACAGAUGAAUACUACCUCAAAUUAUGUCCGGAGGCUCAAGAAAUAGCUCGUUCAUAUGUUCGAUUGAGUAUCCCAGGUAAGAGGGGUAUCCGCAACGUUGGACUCAUGGUUCACGAAUCUCUUAUUGAUAGCAUGAAUCUGAUCGUCAAUGUUCGAAAAGAUAGCAAAAAUCUUCAAAAACUGAAAAUUUCUAAGGAGAAUAAUUUUGUGUUUGCAAAACCAUGUGAGAAUUUAGACAGAUUUAUGUAUUUUGAAGCGUACAUGUUUAUGGAGAAAUUUAGUGCAAAAUGUGGUGCAAAUUUACCUGCUACAUUGAGAGGAACAAAAUUGCGGAAGCAAGUAGCUACAUGGGGAGCCAUUAACCACUUUCCGGACGAUGACGUAACAGAUUUGUGUAACUUCCUUGGCCAUGCUGAAGGCAUUCACAAAGAAUAUUAUAGAAUCAGUCAGCCGACGAGAGAGCUUCUCAAAAUGUCUCAGCUGUUAAAAUCAGCACAGGGAAAAAGCACACCGAUAAGUAACAAAAAAUCUACUGAUGUAUGUCAGAAAAACCAGCCAUCUUCAGGCUUAGACGUUGAAUAUAGCAAUGGCCAUUCAUCAACAGAAACACGUUCUGCUCCAACGAAAAAAUCCCAAGCCAACGGUUCAGUAGUUCAUCAUAAUUCAGAAGCACAGCAUGCAACUACAUCAGAUUCAGACUCCGAUUAUGAACCCAGUGAUAACCAUUUAUCACCUGAAAGCAGCCCACUUCCAACAAGAUCUAAGCCUGAAGAAACAAUCAAAAGUAAGCCAAAAAAGCCUGUAUUUUCCACUGGAUUUUUUAAGAAACGAAGUAAAAAUGGUCGCUAUCAACCACGAAAAUUCUCAGAUUCUGAUGCUGAUGAUAGUGAAUCUUAUGUUCAACCAGAAAAAACUGAAGAAAAAUCCCAAAGAGAAAAUUGGAGCCAGUCCGCUACAAAUUUAGUAAUUGAAUUCUUUAAAGGCCAUAAAAACAUAACCAAAGGUCAAAUAGAAGAUUUUAUUGCUAAGCAUGAAGAAUUAAGGAAUGCUAACAGAAAUCCUAGACUUGUCAGAGCUCAUUAUUACAAUUGCAAAAGAAAAGGGCUUUGUUAAAGGUUUACCUAAACAUUCGAAAAUGGAAUGUUUUAUAUAUUUUUUUUUAAGCUCAGAUCUUUAAAUUUUUUUAACGUUUUAGUUUUUAUUAUUGGACCUUUAUUUGUUUUAUAUAUUUCAUUUUGUCAGUAGACGUUGCAUAAAAAUCUAGGGUAUACAGAAAAGCGCUAAUCUACGUAUUUAAAAUAUGUAAGAAUUUAAGUCUGAAACCUAGGCUGUGCCAGAAUCUAAAUAUUGACAACUAGUCUAAAAAUCUAGGCUAUAUAAACCAGUAAAAUUUAAGCUCAGAUUGUACACGUCCCCUACUCCUUACGAAAAAAAUGUACAGAGGUCUCUGCAUUGAUCUCUGCAGAGAUUUUUACACAGAUCUCUGCACAAAAUUUGAACGAUCUUCUUGUAAUUUCCAGAAAAUUCUUAAAAGCAAAAAAUUAAUAAUGAGUGCCUUAGAGGCGUUAUCAUCUGGACGAUAACACCAAAACUAUAGUUUUAAGCUCCAAAACUUUUAUUUCUUAAUAAUUUAAUUUUGAAAAGAAAUUUUUAAAAUAAAAAUUUUGGAGUAUAGAACCAUAGUUUUGGUGUUAUCAUCUAGAUAACGCCUACAUAGGCAUUCAUUAGAUUAAUUUUUGACUUUCAAACAAAUUUUAGAAAUUAAAAGGAGACGGUCCAAAUUUUGCGCAGAGAUCUGUUCAGAAAUCUGCUUAGAAAACUCUACAGAGAUCUAUGCACACAUUUCUGCAGAUUUUUUUCGUAAGGGAUUGCAAAAUCUCAUAUAAGAUCUGAUGUGAGAUUUUGUAGUAGGGUAGUGACUAUUAUUAAGUCUAAAAUCCUAGGCUGUUCUAAACUGUUGAUCGUUAAUUACUCUAAAUAACUAGGCUAAAUUAAGAAAGCUGUGUAUGUAAUACAAUUACUUUCGUAUGUACUUACUUAAACAAAAAAAAAAAAGUCUAAAAGUCUAGACACUAAAAAAUAUAGUUUGAUGCUAUAUAAAAAGAAAAAUAUUUGACAUUUUAUAUAUUAUAUGACUCUGAUCUCAAAGUUUGUAACGAAUUUACAAGAUAAAGUAAAUGGUUUUUUUAAAAAAGA